UGACUUUGAUCCAUAGCUCAUCUUAUAAGAUGUUAUAUAGAAUGUGCUGUUUACCUCAAAUUGAACGUUAUCAGUUUUCUCCAGGCUCGAUACUAAGAGGCCAGUUUAUAAAGCUUUUUUCUGUUUCACGGAUCUGAAACUCAUUGUUAAGAGGCAUCUCACCAGUCUUACACAGCAUGGAGGGCUAUCAGCGUAAACAUGACUCUCUAUCAUCAGAACUCUCUCCGAUAUCACCAUCUGCAACAAGCAGACCCAGGGAACUUGUCCCUCACAUCUCCGCCGGCGACAGUCCUACGAUGCCUCCUCUUCCGCCAUCUGUCAACGACCGGAAAAGAUCUCGAGACCGAAAUCACGGCUAUGCCGAUCGCGGACCACAAAGUAAAGGCACAGCAUUCCGGAGCGGAUAUACAACAGACUACGAGGGGCCAAUGAGAAUUCGCUCAAUGCAAUCUAUGAGAUCCCAGCGUCCAAACCGCCCUCGGCAUGACGAUCGAGACGAUUGGAGUGAAGAGGAUUAUUACAAUGAGCGCCGCGAGUACUGGCGCGACCGUGACGAUAUGCGCAACCAUGAUAGGUACUCCCAUCGUCUCAUGCGCGAGAACGAUCGCCCUCCUCCAGCGUGGCGUAAUCGCCACUUUGCGGACGAAAUGGAUUCCAACUCUACCAUAACACCCUCAAAGCAGUACUUCGAGGAGCAGACACCAUCUCCACGCCAGAGACGCAUCCAGGACGAGGAAUUGGGCUACAGCCCAGGCAAUAACCUGGAGUGGAACUCACUCACCAAAGAACAGAAAGCCGAAGUGCUUCGUUUGCCUUGGACUCAGUGGAUGCACUCCAACUUCAAGAAUCAUUUUAUUGCCACCCUCGGAGAGUUCAUUGGCACAACUCUCUUCCUACUCUUCGCUUUCGCCGGCACUGAAGUAGCCAACAUUCAAUCUCAGGCAAGCGAUUCCGAUGCCACUGACAGCAACACAACCACCGGAGGUAACACCGGGUUUGACGUCACCGUACUGCUCUACAUUUCGGUGUGCUUCGGUUUUUCGCUCAUGGUCAACGUUUGGAUAUUCUUCCGCAUCAGUGGUGGUUUGUUCAACCCAGCUGUUACCUUUGCUAUGCUUCUUGUCAAAGCGGUGCCGCCGGUUAGAGCCGCUUGCUUGUUCGUUGCCCAGAUCUGCGGUUCACUUCUUGCAUCGGUUAUCGUUCUUUUCCUUUUCCCAGAGAGCUUUAAUGUUCGUACAACCCUUGGUACAGGUGUGAGCAACAUCCAGGGUGUUUUCAUUGAAGCAAUUCUGACAGCUGAGCUGGUAUUCACCAUUUUCAUGCUUGCAAAGGAGAAGCAUCGAGCUACCUUCAUUGCCCCCGUUGGCAUCGGUCUGGCCCUUUUUGUCGCCGAGUUGGUAGGCGUCCAGUUUACAGGAGGAAGUCUCAACCCAGCGAGAAGUUUCGGCCCAUGCGUUGUGACUUUGACUUUCGAUAAAGAACAUUGGAUCUAUUGGGUCGGACCUCUCAUUGGAGCUCUGCUUGCUGUCAUCUUUUAUCGCUUCAUCAAGACGUUGGAGUACGAGGUAAGUCGUUUUCUUCUACAGUACCCCGCUAGGUCAUGACUUGCUAAUGCGCAUUUCAGAUGGCCAAUCCCGGUGCUGACGGCGACCCGGCCAUUGACCCUGUCCAUAAUCCCGAGAAGAAGGCGGAAGUUCAAAGUGGUCGGAGGAUGACAAUGCAGUAAGAGAUGGCUAGUGUGUUCAUGCAAAGAAACAAGAUGGCAUGGUAACGACGGAAUGAGAUGGGUAACGACGGAACGAGAUGAGUAACGACUGAGGCAGCUGUACAAUGCCCAUUUAUGUCUCCACCCCGCGGUAUGAGGGUCACAGUACGGAUCCGUAGAGGGAACAGCAACGGAAUUAAUCAUCAAGCUAUUUACAGUAGAAGGAAUGGUCCGAUAAUAGAAUAGUCAGUCACCGUGUUCUGCAUGUACUCUGUUCUGAACUCGCGCAAGUACAGUGUUUAGGUCAGGACCACGCCAUUAC